UUGGAGAGCCCUAGUUAUAAGUGAUACUAGCAUUUUCAGCAGUUGUACUCGAGCUGCGUUUGACUGCUCCCCUCUCUGUGAAUUUACGUUAUCUGUUUGAAAUACUGCCCCUCAAAAGUCUCAGAACUUUGAGAAAUAAGGUCCCUUCCUAAAAAACCCCAUGUAUCCAAUAUGAAGGGGACGCUGUCAGUGGGUAUUUAAGUGGGUGCUUAAAGAAAGAAAAGCCGAAUCCAUUCCGGAGCCAAGAAUAGGUCAGGGUGAGGAAGGCCAAGGCUGAGCGAGGUCAGCUUGGGACCCACCUCCUAGAAUGACCUCGGCCGGCAGGGGAAAACCCGUUAACGGGAGGAACGGCAGAUCCCUGCGGCCUCCAGGUGCCAGCCGCGUGAGUGGGCGGAGAGGCCUCGGUGCCUCCUACCGGCUCGGGACGUGCGUCCGGGCAUCACCCCAGGUCCCGCUCCUCCCCGCUGGCGGGGGGAGAAAGGGCAGGAGGCCUUCCUCCCGGGCUAUAAAGGGCCCCGGACUGCCGCGGCCCGCCUCGACACGCCUAGGCGCCCUCCAGCUCCGCCCUCGCAGCCUCGACCCCGCUCGAGCUCCGCUCAGUGCCCGCUCAGGCUCUACUCGACUCUCUCGGGCCUCGGCUAUUCGUACUGCGGCGGAAGAUGGCGGCUCCGGCUGAGGGCUCCGAGGCGGCGCUGAAGGCCGCCCUAGCAGACGUGCCCGAACUAGCCAGACUCCUGGAGAUCGACCCGUACCUGAAGCCCUACGCCGUGGACUUCCAGCGCAGGUAUAAGCAGUUUAGCCAAAUUUUGAACAGCAUUGGAGAAAAUGAAGGCGGUAUUGAUAAGUUUUCCAGAGGCUAUGAGUCAUUUGGCGUCCACAGAUGUGCUGAUGGUGGUUUAUACUGCAAAGAAUGGGCCCCAGGAGCAGAAGGAGUUUUUCUUACUGGAGACUUUAAUGCAUGGAAUCCAUUUUCAUACCCAUAUAAAAAACUGGAUUAUGGAAAAUGGGAGUUGUAUAUCCCACCAAAGAAGAAUAAAUCUGUACUCGUGCCUCAUGGAUCCAAAUUAAAGGUAGUUAUUAAGAGUAAAAGUGGAGAGAUCUUGUAUCGUAUUUCACCGUGGGCAAAGUAUGUGGUUCGUGAAGCUGAUAAUGUGAAUUAUGAUUGGAUACACUGGGAUCCAGAGCACUUAUAUAAAUUUAAGCAUUCCAGACCAAAGAAGCCACGAAGUCUAAGAAUUUAUGAAUCUCAUGUGGGGAUUUCUUCCCAUGAAGGAAAAGUAGCUUCUUAUAAACAUUUCACAUGCAAUGUACUACCAAGAAUCAAAGACCUUGGAUACAACUGCAUUCAGUUGAUGGCAAUCAUGGAGCAUGCUUACUAUGCCAGCUUUGGUUACCAAAUCACAAGCUUCUUUGCAGCUUCAAGCCGUUAUGGAACACCUGAAGAGCUGAAAGAACUGGUUGACACAGCUCAUUCCAUGGAUAUCAUAGUCCUCUUAGAUGUGGUACACAGCCAUGCUUCAAAAAAUUCAGCAGAUGGAUUGAAUAUGUUUGAUGGGACAGAUUCCUGUUAUUUUCAUUCUGGACCUAGAGGGACUCAUGAUCUUUGGGAUAGCAGAUUGUUUGCCUACUCCAGCUGGGAAGUUUUAAGGUUUCUUCUGUCAAACAUAAGAUGGUGGUUGGAAGAAUAUCGCUUUGAUGGAUUUCGUUUUGAUGGUGUUACAUCCAUGCUUUACCAUCACCAUGGAAUAGGUCAAGGUUUUUCAGGUGAUUACAGUGAAUAUUUCGGACUACAAGUAGAUGAAGAUGCCUUGACUUACCUCAUGUUGGCAAAUCAUUUGGCUCACACGUUGUAUCCAGAUUCUAUAACAGUUGCUGAGGAUGUAUCAGGAAUGCCAGCUCUGUGCUCUCCAAUUUCCCAGGGAGGGGGUGGUUUCGACUAUCGACUAGCCAUGGCAAUUCCGGAUAAGUGGAUUCAGCUGCUUAAAGAGUUUAAAGAUGAAGACUGGAAUAUGGGCAAUAUAGUAUACACUCUCACAAACAGGCGCUACCUUGAAAAGUGCAUUGCUUACGCAGAGAGCCAUGAUCAGGCAUUGGUUGGGGAUAAGACUCUGGCAUUUUGGUUGAUGGAUGCAGAAAUGUACACAAACAUGAGUGUCCUGACUCCUUUCACUCCAGUUAUCGAUCGUGGAAUACAGCUUCAUAAAAUGAUUCGACUUAUUACUCAUGGGCUUGGUGGAGAAGGCUAUCUCAAUUUCAUGGGUAAUGAAUUUGGGCAUCCUGAAUGGUUAGACUUCCCAAGAAAAGGAAAUAAUGAGAGUUACCAUUAUGCCAGAAGGCAGUUUCAUUUAACUGAUGAUGACCUUCUUCGCUACAAGUUCCUAAAUAAUUUUGACAGGGAUAUGAAUAGAUUGGAAGAAAGAUUUGGUUGGCUUUCAGCCCCACAGGCCUAUGUGAGUGAAAAACAUGAAGGUAAUAAGAUUAUUGCCUUUGAAAGAGCAGGCCUUCUUUUCAUUUUCAACUUCCAUCCAAGCAAGAGCUACACUGACUACCGAGUUGGAACGGCAUUGCCAGGGAAAUUCAAAAUUGUGCUAGAUUCAGAUGCAGCAGAAUAUGGAGGGCAUCAGAGACUGGACCACAGCACUGACUUUUUUUCUGAGGCUUUUGAACAUAAUGGGCGUCCCUGUUCUCUUUUGGUGUACAUUCCAAGCAGAGUGGCCCUCAUCCUUCAGAAUGUGGAUCCGCCGAAUUGAAGAGGCCCGAUUUCAGCUCCACCGGAUGCAGAUUUGUGUUUUGUUUUCUUGCUAUCACUGUCACACAGCUUAUAACAUGUAUACUCUUCAGAAUACAGUUGUCUAGCCAAACCGUCAGCUGUCUAAAAAUCAAUAUUGGUAUAUGCAAAUACAGCAAACUUUUAAGAAGUAGAUAGCAGAAUAUGCUGAAAAUAUUAGGAAUCAUAGACCGUAUUUUCAAGUCAUCAUAGAAGCUGGGAUUCAAAAAUGGAAGAGUUAUAUAUAAUAUGUUAAAAAAAAUGUGCUUUCCUGGCUAUUUGAUUCUUUUAAAUUCAAAUUUGAAUCAUUUGUCAUGUAUGAUUAUUUCUGUUAAAUGUACACAAUAUUUAAGAUGGAUAUUUGGUGGCUGUAUUUGUUCUGAUAUCUUUUGGUCUAAUUAUGAGGUACCAAGAUUGUUGCUUUUUUUUUUUUUCAAAUUGUGUCUAGAAAUACUGUAAUUAAUGUACAGUAGUGACAGGAAAUAAAGAAUUAUAUCAAAGAUAAUUUAAAAGCCAUUACCUACUCACUCAUUCUUGUCUCAUUUUGUAUAUGUUUUAUUUUGUGAUCUCUUGUCCACUUAGUAUGUAGUCAAAUCCCAAUACCUCAGUCUUUCUGAAACCCCAAAAUGGUAAUUGUAGCAUUUCAGAAAAUGUCUUUCAUUUCAGUCAAUAAAAAGCAUUUGUAAAAUUGC